AACAAAAACCAGUUCGACUGUCCCAAGCCAUAAAAAAGCGGCCGCCGACUCCAAAAUUCUUUCCGCCCUCUUCAGUCCAUUGUCUCGAGGUUGCUGGUUAUGGGGGUUUUUGCUUCCGUUAGGGCUUCCAAUGGCGUCUUCAGAGGUGCAGGCAGAAGCAAAUUACCCUCAUUCGGGUACAUUCGAAGACGAGACCUGUCACUCUCUGUUGGCAAACGGUACGGCGACGGUUCGGUGCUUCCAGUCCUGAUCGUCGGCGCCGGUCCCGUUGGUUUGGUUCUCUCCAUUUUGCUCACGAAACUAGGGGUGCAAUGUGCCGUAUUGGAGAAGAACAGGACAUUUUCUCGGCACCCACAAGCGCACUUCAUCAACAACCGUUCCAUGGAGGUGUUCCGGAAGUUGGAUGGUUUGGCGGAUGAAAUCGAAAGACUGCAACCACCAGUGGAUUUGUGGAGGAAGUUCAUAUAUUGCACUUCGCUCACUGGGUCAGUUCUCGGGACAGUGGAUCAUAUGCAACCCCAAGAUUUUGAGAAAAUUGUUAGUCCAGUCUCUGUGGCUCACUUCUCCCAGUACAAGCUGACAAGACUACUAGUUGAGCAUGCGAAAAAACUCGACUUCCAGAUCUGUACAACGGAAAGUUUGAAGGGUGUUACUGAUGGUGGAGCCAUCAGGGGAAGAGAAAUCCUAAUGGGGCAUGAGUGUGUUUCCAUAGAUACUAGUUCGGAUAACUUCGUUGGUGUCACUGUUUCUUCUCUCGUGGAAGGGGAAUACAAGCAAAGGGACUUCAGAUGCAAAGUACUUGUAGGUGCAGAUGGUGCAGGAAGUACUGUUAGAAAGCUCAUGGGGAUUGACUUGAGGGGUGAAAAAGACUUGCAGAAGCUUGUUAGUGUCCAUUUCUUGAGCAGGGACCUCGGGAAGUAUAUUCUCAGUGAGAGGCCUGGAAUGUUGUAUUUUAUAUUUAAUACUGGGGCUAUCGGUGUUUUAGUUGCCCACGAUCUUGAGCAAGGGGAGUUUGUCUUACAGAUUCCAUUCUACCCACCGCAGCAGGAUAUCAAUGAUUUCAGCCCAAAGAUAUGUGAGGAGAUAAUAUUCAAGUUGGUUGGUCGAGAACUCUUGGACAUAGAUGUGAUUGAUGUGAAACCAUGGGUGAUGCAUGCUGAAGUUGCUGAGAAGUACGUUUGCUGUGACAGUAGAAUCUUAGUUGCCGGUGAUGCUGCUCAUCGUUUUCCUCCUGCUGGUGGUUUUGGUAUGAAUACUGGAAUUCAAGAUGCACAUAAUCUUGCCUGGAAGUUGGCUUCUGUCUUGGACGGUACUUCAUCUUCUUCACUUCUUGAGACUUAUGAAGCCGAACGUAGACCGAUUGCUCUUUUGAAUACUGCCCUAAGUGUUAAGAACUUCAGGGCAGCCAUGUCAGUUCCCUCUGCACUGGGCCUCGAUCCAAAGAUUGCAAACUCAGUACAUCGAGCCGUCAAUGUUCUGCCUUCAGGUAUUCAGAAGGCAGCGUUGGAUGGGAUUUUCUCUAUUGGCCGCAUGCAGCUUUCGAAUUUCUUUCUAAAUGAAAGUAACCCUCUGGUUUCACCAAGGCUUGAGAAACUGAAGCAAAUAUUUCGUGAGGGAAAGAGCCUUCAACUGCAGUUCCCUGCUGAGGAUCUUGGCUUUAGGUACUUCAAAGGUGCACUUAUUCCUGACAAAAUUGGUGGGAUGGCUCCAUUAGAACCUCCCACAGGUCGCCGCAGAGACUAUGUUCCAUCUGCAGACCCGGGAUCACGGCUCCCCCACAUGAAUAUGAGGGUAUUAUCGAAUUCCCCAGAAGAGGAGAUUGUUUCUACAUUAGAUCUUGUACGUGCGGACAAGAUCGAGUUCCUUCUCAUUGUAGCACCAGUAGAGGCUUCCUACCAUCUUGCUCAUGUUGCGUUUAAGGUAGCCAAAGAAUUUAAAGUCUCUGCAAGAGUAUGUGUAGUUUGGCCUUAUGAUGCUGUUGGGGGGGUGGAAGCAUCGAGCAAGGCGGCAUUGGCACCUUGGGAGAAUUUCAUAGAUGUUCAAGAAGUUAAAAGGAGCCUUACAAAUUCAUUAUCCUCAUCCUGGUGGAGCAUCUGUCAGAUGAGUGACAGAGGAGCGAUCUUGGUGAGGCCCGAUGAGCACAUUGCAUGGCGUGUGAAAUCGGGGAUUGCUGGAGAUCCAGUUCAGGAGAUGAAGAGGGUGUUUUCUGCAGUCUUAGGUGUGAAAUAGGACAAUCAUUUCAAUACCCAUGGGUUUCUCGUCUUUUUCGACUUCAUCGUGAAAAUAGAAGGAAAUUAUUCUUAAAAGUGAAUAAUCUAGCAUCCAUGAUGUUACCAAACUGAGAUCAAUCUCAUAAUGUACCAAAGUGGUCUCAUGCACUGGGGGAGAUUCUCAUCUUAGGUAAGUUAGAUCGGGUGUAAAAAGAUCUUUUUGUUGGAUACCAUUGCGAAAUGAAGGGAUUCCUUCUAUUGCAAGUA